AUGAAGUUUUCACAAGCCACCAUCUUAGCUAUUUUUGCUUCAACUGCUUUGGUUUCUGCCGCUCCAGCAAAUGUCAUCUCCGAACAAACCAUGGUCAAAAGAGAAGACCUUAAUGCCGUUGUCGAAUUAAUCAAUGAAAUCAAACACAUCAACUCCAAGAGAGAAUACGCCGAAGGUGAAGAUUUAUUGGAAUUACAAAGAAGAGCCGACAGUGUUAUUGGUGAAUUAGUUUCUGCCUUAUACAACUCUGGUGUCAUUGGUUUAGUCUGGGAUAAAUUGACUACUGAUCCAGCUAUUUCCAGUACUCUUUCCAGUAUCAUUAAAUCUGCUAUUCAAGGUGCCCUUGUCCAAGGUGGUGCUUUAAUCCAAGCUGUCUGGAACUCUGGUUUAUUAGGUGAUGUUUUCAACAAAUUAAUCAACGAUACUGAUUUAAGACAAGCUUUAUUGGAUGUUGGUAAAGCUCUUUUCAGCACUGCUGCUAACUUGGUUUCCACUUGGCUCAGUGGCAGCUCCAGUUCUAACACUGCUGCUACUCCUGCUGCUGCUGCCGCUCCAGCUGCUACUGGUGCCUCAAAGAGAGAAAUUAUGGAAGCUUCUGAAUACUUGAGUGAAAGAGAUUUGGGUUCUAUUCUUUCUUGGAUUGUUCAAACCAUCAAAGACACUGGAAUUGUUCAAUCUUUGGUUAACCAAGUCAUCAACAACCCAGACACUGUUAUCAGUUUCUUGACUUCUGCCCUUAAGAAUGGUUUAGUUAUUGUCGAAGAUCUUUACGACUGGGCUAAGCAAUCUGGUUUAUGGGAUCAAGCUUUAGUAUACAUUCAAAACAAUGCCGGUAGUUGGAUUAAAGCUCUUGCUGGAUUAUUCGGUAAUGCUUUAUCUAACGGUACUAUCACUGCUUCUGACAUCAACAAUGCUGGUAGUUUAUCUAACCCAAGUGCUACUGGUACUACCACUGCUUCUACUGCUGCUCCAAAAGCCGCCACUCCAGCUGCUGCUAGUGCUGCUGCUCCAAAAGCUGCUACCCCAGCUUCCACUGGUGCUGCUGUUGCAUCCAAGGCUGCUGCUCCAGCUGCUGCUUCUGGUUCUAGUGCCAGUUCCGGUUCUUCAGGUAGCAAUGCUGACUUGAAUGCUUUAAUACAAAAAUACGGUGGUGGUUCUGGUUCUACUUCUACCCCAUCUGUUGAUACUUCUGGUUUAUCCAGCGACGUUAACACUUUGGUUAAUGCUGCUGGCCAAGCUGCUUCUUCAUUGAAGAAAAGAAAACUUUAUUAG